AGCAGCAGCGCGUCACGUUCGCGCAAUGGCGUCUCGCGCUGGGUGCAGAGCGCUCAAAGUUUUAAUGCAGACAAGAUUUUACAGUAGUAAGUGUGUAAGUGGGAAGCGUUCAGUGAAUGGAGUGAAUCUGUUUUAUCAACACACUGGACACGGAUCUCACUCUGUCCUGCUGCUGCCCGGAGCUUUAGGUAGUGGAAAGACUGAUUUUGCUCCUCAACUUGAGCAACUUGAUAAGAGUUGUUUUACUGUGGUGGCGUGGGACCCGCGGGGUUACGGGCGCUCGCGUCCUCCCGACAGAGACUUUCCUGCUCAUUUCUUCCACAGAGAUUCCAAAGAUGCUGUGCAUUUAAUGCAAGCUCUGGGUUUCGCUCGUUUCUCUCUGUUAGGAUGGAGUGACGGUGGUAUCACUGCUCUGAUCACGGCUGCGUUAAAUCCCACUCUCAUUCAGAAACUCGUGGUUUGGGGCUCCAACGCUUACGUCUCAGAGGAAGACAUGCAGAUCUAUAAAUCAAUCCGUGACGUGUCAUUAUGGAGUGAGCGAAUGAGACGGCCGAUGGAGGAGAUGUAUGGUGCUCAGUACUUUCGUGACACCUGGGAGAGAUGGGUCGGUGGGAUCAGUCAGUUUACGCACAACCCGCAGGGUAACAUAUGUAUGGAGUUGUUGCAGUUGAUUUCCUGUCCCACACUGAUUGUUCAUGGGGCCAAAGACCCUGUGGUGCCCUCUUUCCACCCACAAUACCUUCUGAAGAACAUCAAGGGCUCAAGGUUGCAUGUCAUACCAGAUGGGAAACAUAAUUUGCACUUGAGAUACGUCAGUGAAUUUAACACACUUGUGGAGAAAUUUCUUUCUGAAUAAGCAGCAGAAUACAGACUCGAGAAUAUAGACACAUGGUUAGUGCUUUCUAGGAAUAAAUACUACUUGAUUCUGGUCUGUCAUGUCAUUUUGAAAAAUACUUUUAAUACAGAAGUAAUAAAAG